CGGGAGUCCGUCCACCCGGCUUUCCAGCUGGAGAAGCUGUCUUUUAGUGGGACGGACGAGGCGUCGAUCGUGUCCGUGCUGCUGACAGCCAAAAAAGCGCAGUCGAGUGAAUGUUCUGCUGUGUCCGACGACGGUUUCGCUGAAAAUACUGAAGAUCGGAGCAACGCUCGGCAUGGGCAAUGGCGAAUAUGUGUUCGUAACGACUCAACCGGUGCAGCAAGCCGCAUUCUUCGGGAAAGCCGCUCAUUUUAACGAACCCGAUGAAGCGACAUUUAACAUCACGCGCUCCAUGCUGUUCAUGACGGUGCACACCGAGCGCAACCGCUAUGCCGCCCUAAAUGCCUACUUGGCCAAAUUUGCAUCGGAGAAGUACAAUUUUACCGCGGGAACCGAUGAACUGCCGUUAGACAACUACGCCGCCCACAGCACCAUCAACGCCAUCGAGAUGUUCACCCAGUUGGUACACGAAGCAACGUCCACCAACGGCAGCCGCAACACGGGUCUUUGUCCGGAACAAGUGUUGGCGCGGCGCACCGCCAGCCACGCCUUCCAGACCUCCAUUGACCAGGUCUUUAUCAACGCCCGCAAAGUGCACAUGCUGGACUUUGACAUUUACGCUUUCGACGCCGGUACACGGAAGAUGACGAAACACUCGCUGUUUAACGCCAGCACGCGGACCAUUAGUAACCUGGGCGCGUUCAACAUCAGCUGGGUGCUGAGUGCGCCGCCGGCCGAUGUGCCCUUGUGUGGAUUCACCGGGACAGAUGGACCCUGCGCUUUCACCGGCAUGCGCAGCACCGUUAUUUCCGUUUCCGUUGUUGUUCUCGGAUGCACGGCUUUCGGCGCGCUGAUCGUUACGCGACUGUUGAGACGACGUUUAACGGUGCGCGGAGCCGAUUGGUGGCUUUUGGCGCGGGAGGAUCUGCAGGGAUGGAGUAAGUCGCAUUUCGACAGCCAGAUGUCGGUGGUCCUCCGGUCGGCAACGUGGAAAGGCAGUCCCGUCUGGGUAAAAGCGCUGCCGCUGCCCAACACUUUCACCGUCGAUAUCGGCCGCUUGCGGCGCUUAAUCAAGGAGCUUCAACACGAGAACAUCAACCAAUUUUACGGCCUAAUUUUUGCCGACGGGGAUAUUUUACUCCUAAGUCAUUUCUGCAGCAAAAAUUCCUUGAUUGACCUUUUGGAGAAUAUUUUCCUGGACACUACGUUCCAGCUGUCUUUCAUCGCGGAUUUAUUACGGGGUCUGCAUUAUUUGCAUUCGUUGCCUUUCCCGCACGGCCGAUUGCGAUCGGCCUGCUGCUUGAUCGACAGCCACUUCACCCUGAAAAUCGGGAAUGCGCCGGAGAACGCGCGCACCUCCACGCUGACCGGUGACGUGUACGCGGCCGGCGUGGUGGUCUUUCAUAUCCUAACGGGCGCUCCGUGCUCCAUCGUCAACCGCAAGAACUACCCGGACUCCUUGUCGCCGGAUCUGCAGUUCUUCGUGCGACGCUGCGGCCAGGCCGAUCCACAGAAGCGGCCGACGGCCAAACGCAUGCUGCUGGCGUUCUACCAAUUCGCGCAGACCAAGGCCGCCGGGAUCACGCCCAACAGCAACGUCUGCGACCGGGUGAUUGCGCGGCUGGCGAUGUACGCGGCCGCCCUGGAGGCGGCGGUGCUGGAACGGACGAAGGAGCUGCAAGCCGAGCAGAUGAAGUGCGACAGUAUCCUGGCGCUAAUGCUGCCCCAGUAUGUCAUCCAGCGGCUACGCAAUCACAACGCCGUGCAAGCGGAAUACUUCGAGCAUGUGUCGGUGUGUUUCGCCAGCCUGCAAGGCUUCGCCAGCUGGGCCAACCAGGCGCUCCCCGGCGAGAUUAUCGGCCUGAUUGCGCGCGUGCAGACCACCUUCGACUUGCUAGUGUCCAGUUUUCAGGGCGUCCAGAAAGUGGAGGCUGUUAAUGACUGCUAUCUGGUCGUCAGCGGGAUUCCGCGCGAUGUCAACCUGUCGGAAGAGGCGCACGCCGUGGAGAUGUGCCGGCUGGCCGUCGCCAUGCUCAACGUCACGGCGUACAACAACGCCAUCGGCAGCGCUGUCCUGAGCGGCUGCAGCGUCCGCUGUGGAAUUCAUUCAGGAUCCUGCGCCGGCGGAGUGAUCGGUACGAAGGUCCCGCGCUACUGCAUAUUUGGUGAUACGGUUAAUGUGGCUUCGAGGAUGGAGAGCGCCGGCCAGGGCGGACACAUUCACAUCAGCGGCACCACGGCGCAGCUUUUGCGGAAGAGCACCGAGUUUGUCUGCGCACUGCGCGGCGAUAUUCCCAUCAAGGGAAAGGGAAUGAUGACCACGUUCUGGCUGAAGCCGACGACCAGCACAACCAUAGCUCCGGCGGACGUGACGCGCCAACGCAACAGCGCCCGACGCGGCCGCAUUCCGCCCUCCUAUCUGUAG